AUGGAUCCAAGUACACAAUGGAAAGAAUUAAAUAAAAAAUACUAUAAGUUUCAUUAAUUCAAUCCCAUAACAGGUGAACAAAAGUUCCUUGACUUUUACUAUUAGCACAUAGCUGUAGCCAAAUGGGGUGGUCCUUUGGCAGCAACAAAAAAUUUUGAUUAGGUUAUACUCAUGCGAACAGACGAUAUUCUCAAAGAUUCCAUAGUAUUCUUUACCAACAGCGGUAAAAUUAUGUCAAGAACCCCAUACAAAGAAGCCGAUAAGAUUCCAUUAUUUGAUUUUCUUGAAGAUGAACAUCUGAUAUUACUCAAAGCAAGUGGUGUCUACUAUAUAAUUGAUCCUUUCAAAGGAACCAAAAAAAACCAUGAUUUAGGGGAAUAAUUCAAGCUAAAUCAGAUUUAAAGUGCUCUCAUUGUGAAUAAUGGAUUUGUAUUGAUGGCAAUGAACUUUGAGUUUUAUUAUGUCCAAAAUGCUCAUGAGCCUGAAGUCUAGUAAUUCAAACCAUCCAAUCUUACUUCAUUCCCAGAGCAUUGGUAAGUGAUUCCUUCUGAGAAGUCAUCAAGUGGUAAGGUAGAACUACUGAUAGCCAAUCCUGAUGGAGGCAUACUACAUAUAAUUGAGAAUGAGAAUGAAAUUGAUAAGAAACUUCCUGAUCUAAGAAAUAUUAAAAUGUUAAGUCUAUCACCAACAUACAAAAAUUUAGCCUUGUUGUAAUAUUAUGGUUAAAGGUGGAUUAUGGCAUUUAUUACUAACUAUUUUGAAUCUUCAGAGUAUCGUUAGAUGCCCAUAGAUUUGAAAGAGGAUGAUGUAAAAAAAGAUGAAACAGCAGAGAAAGAUCUCAGCAUUUUAGAACGACCAAAAAAGAUGUUUUGGUGUGGAGAUGAUUGUGUAGUUCUAUAAUUUAUCUUAAGAUUCCUAUACAAAAAUAAAAAUGAAUAAUUAGCAUUUUGCUAUGAAAUCUGA